AUAUUAAUUAUGUUCUCACAAUGUAAUGAAUCAUUUAUUGAUAUACAUUUUUUUCUUUUUGGUAACUUUAUAUAUAAUAAUUUCAUUUCUAAUUUUAAUGAAGUUUCAUUAUAAUAAUUGUUGAGUUUUCUGAUUGUUACUUGUGUUAGUGUUAAGUUCAUUUAAGUUAAAUCUAUUUAAGAAUGUAAUUUUAAUAUUUUAAAUGUUUUUCAAUUAAUUUAUUCUUUUAUUCAAUUUAUUAAUCAAAAGUGCUAUAUAAUUGUGAUAAGAUAAUAGUCUUACUAAAACUAACCUAUAAAGUUAAUCAUAUAUACUCUUAUCUAAUAUACUGUAGCUCUGUACUUCCACAUAUUAUAACAUGUGUACACUAAUAAUUAUGUUUAUUAAAGCCUACUUUACUAAGGUUCUCUCAUUUAAUUAUUAUACAACAAUUUAAUAAACAUAAUUAUUCUUUCAAUGGAAAAGUUACUGCGCCCUGAUCGUUUCGAGACUGAUCCUAAUUCCCCAACAUCAGCAAAAGAAUGGGCUCACUGGAUCACAACAUUCAAUAAUUUUGUCGAAGUAGUAAAAGUAAAGGAGGAAGACAAACUCAAGGUACUCACUAACUUUUUAGCACACUCAGUAUAUGACAGUGUCAGCGAAUGUACAACGUACGGAGCAGCUAUCAAAAUAUUGACUGAUAUCUACAUCAAACAAAAAAAUGAGAUCUCUGCUCGGCACUUGUUAGCCACAAGAAAACAGCAAAUGAAUGAAUCUAUUGAUCAAUAUAUUGGAUUUUUAAAAAUCUUAUCUAAGGAAUGUGCUUUUAAAUCCGUUUCGGCCAUCGAAUACAGAGAUGAAUAUAUUCGAGAUUCUUUUAUCAAUGGUCUUUUGUCUAAUAAUAUUCGUCAACGCUUAUUGGAGAACAACACAUUGAAAUUAGAGGAAGCUGUAACUCGGUCUCGGGCAUUGGAAAUGGCUCAAAAGCAAUCUGAAGUGUAUAGCAUGCCUCUGACUCAAGGAUCUGUGAACGCUCUAACUGAGGGUACUACUUCAAUCAUCAAACCUGAUAACAAUCAACCAACAGUAUCAGCGAUACAACAAAAAUGUUACUUUUGUGGCUAUGACAAACAUCCUCAGCUCUUGCCCAGCCAGAGAUGCUGUAUGUAAAAAAU